GUCGUGUAUACAUAGAAAAUCAUGCCGGCGUCUCGGGCAUUGACCAAGUCCAACAGCAGCGAGGAGAUCGAGAACGUGCGCGUGGUCGUGCGGCUGAGGCCAGUCAGCGGCAAAGAGAUCGACGAGCACUGUCAAAGCAUCAUCAAAAUCGACACCCUCAACAAUGUCAUCACCGUGCGCAAUCCGAACGCGACCCGCGAGGAGCCACCCAAGGUCUUCGUAUUCGACGCCGUCUUUGACGCCGAGUCUACCCAGGUCGACAUUUACAACGAGACUGCUAGGCCCAUUGUCAACAAAGUCUUGCAGGGCUACAAUGGAACGAUAUUCGCCUACGGCCAGACCGGAGCUGGCAAGACUUACACCAUGACUGGUACGAAAACUUCGCCCCAACUCAGGGGUAUAAUACCCAACUCGUUUGCCCAUAUAUUUGGCCACAUUGCAAAGGCCGAUGAGAAUCAAAAGUUUCUCGUUAGGGCUACUUACUUGGAACUGUAUAAUGAAGAAAUCAGAGAUUUGCUGGGAAAAGAUUUGCAUCAAAAGUUAGAUGUCAAAGAGAGACCCGACAUUGGUGUUUAUGUCAAAGAUUUGAGUGGUUAUGUUGUGAACAACGCAGAUGAUCUUGAUCGGAUUAUGACAAUCGGUAACAAAAACAGGGUCAUUGGAGCAACUGCAAUGAACUCUUGUAGUUCCAGAUCCCAUGCUAUAUUUACUAUAACUGUUGAGUCUAGUAAUAUUGGAGAAGAUGGUCAGCAACAUGUGAAAAUGGGUAAACUGCAUCUGGUUGACCUGGCUGGGUCAGAAAGACAGAGCAAAGCUAAGACUAGUGGAAUUAGGCUUAGAGAAGCGGCGAAAAUCAAUCUUUCUCUGUCUACUUUGGGAAAUGUUAUUUCAGCUCUGGUCGAUGGUCAAAGCUCACAUGUACCAUAUAGAAAUUCUAAACUCACAAGAUUGUUACAAGAUUCCUUAGGUGGUAACUCAAAGACCCUUAUGUGUGCUAAUAUAAGUCCUGCUGAUAUAAAUUAUGAUGAAACCAUCAGCACACUUAGGUAUGCUAACAGAGCCAAAAAUAUUAAGAACCAUGCUAGAGUAAAUGAAGACCCUAAAGAUGCUCUGUUAAGACAAUUUCAAAUUGAAAUUGAACAGCUCAGAGAGCAAUUAGAAACUAAUGGUUGUGGUGUGUCAGAGUCAGAUGAAGAAUCAGACCAAGCUGAAGAAAUUGAUCCAGAAGAAGAAAACAAAAAAGCUGAUAAACUACAAAAGAUAUUAGAAAAAGAAAAUCCCAAAGAUAUAAUGGAGUUAGAACAAACUCAGUCACAGAAAGCUCUAUUACGCGAAAAAAUACAAAACUUGCAAAAAAAGAUACUUGUAGGAGGAGAAAAUCUUUUAGAAAAAGCUGAAACUCAAGAGAACCUUUUAGCGGAAUCGGCCAAGGAGCUGGAAGAGCGAAAGCGCAAAGAAGAAGAACUCAAGAAGGCCAUUGAAGAAAAAGAAGCAGAGAGAAUCGAUAUUGAAGAAAAGUACUCGUCGCUUCAAGAAGAAGCAGUAGGCAAAUCCAAAAAAUUAGUAAAAAUCCAUGCAAUGCUGUUGUCCGUUAAAGCUGAGCUAUCAGACCUGCAGCAAGAGCAUCAGCGAGAAAUGGAAGGCCUAUUGGAAGGAGUCCGAAGUAUCGGACGCGAACUACAACUUCAAGAGGUGAUCUCACAAACUUACAUUCCACCACAGUAUCAAACGCUCAUCGAGAGAUACGUUCAUUGGAACGAAGAUAUUGGCGAGUGGCAACUGAAAUGUGUUGCUUACAGUGGAAACAAUAUGAGAAAGACUGAAAAUAAAUCAAUACACGAAGAAAAUAAAAAUCCAGCCAUUCCAAUGAUGUCUUACGCAUUUCAUUCAUACUCGGAAGUGUAAUAUCUAUUUUUCCAAGGGAUUAAUUCUAGUCAAUCGCAUUAAACUAUUCCGUCAUAUUCAGUAUUAUUUGAAUUGCUACUGUUUUACGCUUAUUAAUUAAUGUAAUAUAUUUUAGUGUUUCAAUAAAACGAAAUUAUGGUUUUUAAAAUUGAGUAAACAAGCACAUAUUUGAUUCAUAUCAACCUUGUUAUUACGUCUUUAUUUUUAUCAUAUCACUUUAUCAAUUAUCAAAGAAUAACAAAUCAUUUUUAAAAAGGUCAUUUAUGUCCUUCUUUGUUUUAUUUUGUAGUCAAUAGAAUUGAAAAACAAUAUAUAUCAAAAUUCUCAUUGAUUUGAUCACUAAAAUGUACUCUUAUCGAUUCGUUUUAAUAAUAUAAUAUCAACCUUACAAAGAUUUCUCGCACUUUUUACAUCAACGCUGGAACGCUGGAACGCUGGAAGUCUACAACUUUAUUAAUGGUAUUCCAAUGAUCUCAUAAGUUAACAUGCACUUCGUCUUAUUUGUCACUGACCAUGAUUAUCUGAUUUACACUAAAAAAUUACUCAUUUAGCAAUCAUUUACCAAUUGCAUUAAAAAAUGUUUCAUUCUUAUUUUUUUUUUAUACUUUU